UUCUCGCCACACAAAUGUACAUAAACUUACCACCCUCCAACCUCCCAAGAAGAAAGAAAGAACUCUAGAAGAAGAUUAACCAGAGAGAGUAGAAAAGGAUUAUUUUGUGUUUCUUUUCUAUAAUCUCUCUGUAAGCUCUCUGUCUCUGGGUCUGUUCAAGAGACAGAGCAGUUUUCUUGAGGCAAAAACUUCCAGCAAUGGCGUCUCUAGUGUCUUCACCAUUCACAUUGCCUGCCUCCAAGGUAGACCACCUCUCCUCUCUUUCUCAAAAGCAUUUUUUGCUUCAUUCCUUCCUACCCAGGAAGCUAAAUCAAUACAGUAGCAGUAGAACUGGCUUAAGAGUGAAAUGUGCUGCAACUGGCAAUGGUUUGUUCACCCAAACCACUCCAGAAGUCCGUCGAAUUCUUCCCGACCAAAAGCCAGGCUUACCCAGAGUUAAAAUAGUCUAUGUGGUACUUGAAGCUCAAUACCAGUCUUCCCUCUCAGCUGCCGUCAGGUCCCUCAACAGCAAAGGGCGGUACGCUUCGUUCGGAGUUGUUGGUUACUUGGUCGAAGAGCUUCGAGAUGAAUCUACUUACCAGACAUUCUGUAAAGAUCUUGAGGAUGCUAACAUCUUUAUUGGUUCGCUUAUUUUCGUGGAAGAGCUCGCAAGGAAGGUCAAGGCAGCCGUUGAAAAGGAGAGAGACAGACUGGAUGCAGUUCUGGUGUUCCCUUCUAUGCCUGAAGUGAUGAGACUAAACAAGUUGGGUUCAUUCAGUAUGUCACAGCUCGGGCAGUCCAAGAGUCCCUUCUUCCAGCUCUUCAAGAAAAAGAAGUCCUCUGCGGGUUUCGCAGAUAGCAUGUUGAAGCUUGUGAGGACUCUGCCCAAGGUUCUCAAGUACUUACCAAGCGAUAAGGCUCAAGAUGCUCGGCUGUAUAUACUUAGUCUGCAAUUCUGGCUUGGAGGAUCCCCGGAUAAUUUGCAGAAUUUCAUCAAGAUGAUUUCUGGGUCAUAUGUUCCGGCUCUUAAAGGAGCUAAGAUUGAAUAUGCGGAUCCGGUUCUGUUCCUAGACACUGGGAUAUGGCAUCCUUUGGCUCCUUGUAUGUAUGAUGAUGUGAAGGAGUACUUGAAUUGGUAUGGAACUAGAAAGGAUGCCAAUGAGAAGCUGAAGGAUCCGAAUGCUCCUGUUAUUGGGUUGGUUUUGCAGAGAAGCCAUAUUGUUACCGGGGAUGAUGGCCACUAUGUAGCUGUGAUCAUGGAGUUGGAGGCAAGAGGGGCCAAGGUGAUACCAAUAUUUGCCGGUGGGCUUGAUUUCUCCGGGCCAGUGGAGAAGUUCUUCAUUGAUCCAAUCAGCAAAAAACCUUUUGUACACUCGGCGGUGUCACUUACAGGUUUUGCACUGGUGGGAGGGCCUGCAAGGCAGGAUCAUCCCAGAGCUGUUGAGGCAUUGACGAAGCUUGAUGUGCCAUACAUUGUCGCACUGCCAUUGGUGUUUCAGACAACAGAAGAAUGGUUAAACAGUACUCUUGGGUUGCACCCAAUCCAGGUGGCUUUGCAGGUUGCUCUUCCUGAGCUGGAUGGUGGUAUGGAGCCCAUUGUUUUCUCCGGCCGUGAUCCUAGAACUGGGAAAUCACAUGCUCUUCAUAAGAGGGUGGAGCAGCUCUGCACCAGGGCAAUCAAAUGGGCUGAACUGAAAAGGAAAACAAAGACAGAGAAGAGGCUUGCAAUCACUGUCUUUAGCUUUCCACCUGACAAGGGCAAUGUUGGAUCGGCUGCCUAUCUCAAUGUCUUUGCCUCCAUCUAUUCUGUCCUAAAGGAUCUCCAAAAGGAUGGAUACAAUGUUGAGGGCCUGCCAGAGACAGCUGAAGCCCUGAUUGAAGAUGUCAUUCAUGACAAGGAGGCACAAUUCAGCAGUCCAAACCUCAAUAUUGCAUACAAAAUGGGUGUCAGGGAGUACCAGAGCCUCACUCCAUAUGCCACUGCUUUAGAAGAGAGCUGGGGCAAGCCACCUGGAAAUCUGAACUCUGAUGGUGAGAACCUUUUGGUCUAUGGAAAGCAAUAUGGUAAUGUUUUCAUUGGUGUGCAGCCUACAUUUGGAUAUGAAGGUGAUCCAAUGCGACUCCUAUUCUCCAAAUCAGCCAGUCCACACCAUGGAUUUGCUGCAUACUACACUUUCGUUGAGAAGGUAUUCAAGGCUGAUGCAGUACUCCACUUCGGUACUCAUGGUUCACUGGAAUUCAUGCCUGGAAAACAGGUUGGGAUGAGUGAUGUAUGUUACCCUGACAGUCUCAUAGGGAACAUUCCCAAUGUAUACUAUUAUGCUGCUAACAAUCCAUCUGAAGCUACCAUUGCCAAGCGCCGCAGCUAUGCCAAUACAAUAAGCUAUCUGACACCUCCUGCAGAGAAUGCUGGGCUCUACAAAGGCCUAAAGCAGCUCAGUGAGCUGAUAUCUUCCUUCCAGUCACUUAAAGACACUGGUCGUGGGCCUCAGAUUGUGAGCUCCAUCAUCAGCACUGCUAAGCAGUGCAACCUUGACAAGGAUGUUAACCUUCCUGAAGAAGGGGAAGAACUAUCAGCCAAAGAGCGAGACCUUGUGGUUGGGAAGGUUUACUCCAAGAUCAUGGAGAUUGAGUCCCGCCUACUACCAUGUGGUCUUCAUGUCAUUGGUGAGCCACCAUCAGCCAUGGAGGCAGUUGCAACACUGGUCAAUAUUGCUGCCUUGGACCGCCCAGAAGAAGGGAUAUCCUCACUCCCAGCAAUAUUAGCUGAGACAGUGGGAAGGGAUAUAGAGGAUGUAUAUAGAGGAAAUGACAAGGGUAUACUGAAGGAUGUGGAGUUGCUACGUCAGAUUACAGAAGCAUCACGUGGAGCAAUAUCAGCCUUUGUUGAAAGGACCACAAAUAACAAGGGACAAGUGGUUGAUGUGGCUAACAAAUUGAGCUCAAUCCUUGGCUUUGGUUUGAAUGAGCCAUGGGUGCAGUAUUUGUCAAAUACAAAGUUCUACAGGGCUGACAGGGAGAAGCUUAGGACCUUGUUUCAGUUCCUGGGAGAAUGCUUGAAGUUAGUUGUUGCUGACAAUGAACUAGGGAGCUUAAAGCAAGCCUUGGAAGGUAGUUACGUAGAACCAGGACCAGGUGGAGACCCAAUCAGGAACCCCAAGGUGUUGCCAACGGGUAAGAACAUUCAUGCACUAGACCCACAGGCUAUUCCAACAGCAGCAGCAAUGCAAAGUGCAAAGGUGGUUGUGGAAAGGUUGCUUGAGAGGCAGAAGGCUGACAAUGGAGGAGAGUACCCCGAGACCGUUGCACUGGUGCUGUGGGGUACAGAUAAUAUCAAGACUUAUGGGGAAUCGUUAGCUCAAGUUUUGUGGAUGAUUGGGGUGAGACCUGUUGCAGAUACCUUUGGCCGUGUGAACAGGGUGGAGCCAGUGAGCCUUGAAGAGCUUGGACGACCUAGAAUUGAUGUUAUUGUCAAUUGCUCAGGAGUGUUUAGAGAUCUAUUCAUCAAUCAGAUGAAUCUCCUGGACAGUGCAGUGAAGAUGGUUGCAGAACUAGAUGAACCAGAAGACCAGAACUAUGUCAAGAAACAUGCAGUACAACAGGCACAAGCCCUUAGCAUUGGUCUGCGUGAGGCUGCAACUCGUGUCUUCUCCAAUGCUUCAGGCUCCUAUUCCUCCAACAUCAACCUUGCUGUUGAAAACUCAUCAUGGAAUGAUGAAAAACAACUUCAAGAUAUGUACUUAAGCCGCAAGUCAUUUGCCUUUGACUGUGAUGCCCCUGGUGCAGGGAUGACUGAGAAGCGCAAGGUCUUUGAGAUGGCACUCAGUACUGCUGAUGCCACAUUCCAGAAUCUUGACUCAUCUGAAAUAUCACUUACUGAUGUCAGCCACUACUUUGACUCAGACCCCACGAACCUUGUCCAGAACCUCCGAAAGGAUGGUAAGAAGCCCAGUGCAUACAUUGCUGACACAACAACAGCCAAUGCCCAAGUUCGAACACUUGCAGAAACCGUACGGCUUGAUGCACGAACAAAAUUGCUCAACCCCAAAUGGUAUGAAGGUAUGAUGGCUAGUGGGUAUGAGGGUGUUCGUGAAAUUGAGAAGAGACUUACUAAUACAGUUGGUUGGAGUGCCACCUCGGGCCAAGUCGACAACUGGGUAUAUGAAGAGGCAAACUCAACAUUCAUUCAAGAUGAGGAGAUGCUAAACAGGCUCAUGAACACUAAUCCAAACUCAUUCAGGAAGCUUGUACAGACUUUCCUAGAGGCAAAUGGACGUGGGUAUUGGGAGACAUCUGAGCAGAAUAUUGAAAGGUUGAGGCAGUUGUACUCAGAAGUUGAAGACAAGAUUGAGGGGAUUGAUCGAUGAAUACCUUUAAACUCAAAAAGCGCAUGUACUAAAAAUUUUAAACUUGAUCGGUUUUAGCCAGGCAUGGCUUUUCUCUGUAUUUAUGUCAUGGGAGAUGAGUUACUUGUAGCUACCAAGGACAUGGAAAUGUGAAUUUGUUUAGCAGUUUUACACUAAUAUGAAUAAAUUUUCCAAGGAUGUUUUGUAUA